GCAACCUUCUGGGCAUGCGUACUUCACACAGCGUCACAGGUGACAGAACGCCCUCUGCCUCUUCUUUCAGUGUCGCUCUGGCUGUAAACCAUGGAAAAGGGGAACACCACAGCGGGCUUCAUUCUCCUAGGACUCUUUAACCACACCAGAGCCCACCUGUUCCUCUUCGUGCUGGUUCUGACUGUGGCCUUCAACUCUGUGGUAGGCAACGCCCUCCUGCUUCUCCUGAUUCACCAGGACCGCCGGCUCCACACACCCAUGUACUUUCUCCUGAGCCAACUCUCCCUCAUGGACAUGAUGCUGGUCUCCACCAUAGUGCCCCAAAUGGCAACUGGUUAUUUAAUUGGCAAGAAGUUCAUCUCUGCCGCUGGCUGUGGCUUCCAGAUCUUCUUCUUCCUAACAAUGGGAGGGGGCGAGUGCUUCCUCUUAGCAGCUAUGUCCUAUGACCGCUAUGUGGCUAUAUGCCACCCACUGCGCUAUCCGGUUCUCAUGAGCUGGCAGUUAUGUCUGAGACUAACCUUGGGGUCUUGGUUCCUGGGAGCAGCUGAUGGAGCCAUGCAGGCUGCUGCCGCGCUGAGCUUCCAGUUUUGCAGGCAUAAUGAAAUAGAUCACUUCUUCUGUGAGGCCCCUGUGUUACUGCGCUUGGCUUGCGGAAACACAUCAGCAUUUGAGUUUGCUAUGUACAUUUGCUGUGUGUUGAUGCUUCUGGUCCCCUUCUCCCUCAUCCUGACGUCCUACGGUCUCAUCUUGGCUGCUGUCCUCCGAAUGCGGUCCACAGAAGCCCGCAAGAAGGCUUUUGCCACCUGCUCCUCACACUUGGUGGUAGUGGGCCUCUUUUACGGAGCUGCUACUUUCAGUUACAUGAGGCCUGCAUCUUCCAGGUCAGCCAAGCACGAUAAGGUGGUGUCAGCGUUCUAUACUAUCGUCACCCCCAUGCUGAACCCCCUCAUCUACAGUCUUCGAAACAGUGAGGUCAAGGGCAGCCUGAGGAAGUGUGUGGCCAGCUGUACUGCCCUAACUAGUAAGGGUGCCUUGGUUGACUUGAACCUCGGUGGUGGUACAAAGGGGAAAGGUAUACAGUAGGCCUUCAACACAGAGACUAUGUCUCAGAAUGCCC